AUGCCCGUUGGCUCCCGUGGUCCUUUCAUUUCCACACAGAGAGCCAUCACGUCUGGUCCCUCUUCAAAUGCUUUGGCUGCCCGUCGCUCGUCGCGCUCAUCGACAGCCAUUAGAAUGGGACCGAAGGAGAUUGCCUUCGGGGAGAAAUCCAGGCGCGCUCUCAUUGUGGGUGUCGACGCAGUUGCCAAUGCCGUCAAGGUCACACUUGGCCCGAAAGGCCGCAACGUCGUCCUUGGCCGAGGAUCUUUCUCAGCCCCGCUUUCUGUCAACGAUGGAGUUACUGUCGCCAAGGAAAUUUCCCUGGAGGACCCCAUGGCCAACGCGGGAGCCAGGUUGUUACAGGAGGUAGCCUCGAAGACCGAUUCUAAGGCCGGAGAUGGUACCACCACCUCGACUGUGCUUUGUCAGGAAAUUGUUCAUCAAGGCAUAAAGGCUGUUGGCAGUGGCCGCAACCCAAUUGCGUUGAGAAAGGGAAUUGACAAGACCGUCAAGUUCCUGGUCAAGGAAUUGGAGCGCCGUGCUCGUCCGAGUAAGGGCAUGGAUGAUAUUCGCGCCGUUGCCACUAUUUCUGCUGGAAAUGAUCAGGAAAUUGGUGAAAUCAUUGCAACGGCUUACGAGAAGAUUGGACCCACCGGUACAACUUCCGUGGAAGAGGGACAGAGUCUAGGCAACUCCGUAGAGUUUACUGAAGGUAUGGAACUAGACAGAGGUUACAUAUCCCCAUAUUUUGUCAAGGAUCAAGAGCGUCAAGUUGCCACAAUGAUCAAGCCUCGUGUGCUCAUUACUGAUCAAAAGAUCAGCGCUGUCAAGGAUCUUGUCAACUUGCUUGAGGGGCUCGUUAAAACAAAAGAACCUCUCGUGAUCGUUUGUGACGAUCUCGCUGGUGAGGCUCUGUCAACAAUGGUUGUUAACAAGAUGCGAGGUGUACUGGACAUUGUCGCCCUCAAGUCGCCUGGGUUUGGAGAGCGGCGCAAGCAGUAUCUUGAGGAUAUUGCGGUCAUCACUGGGGGAACAUUCAUCUGCUCAGAUUUGGGAAUGAGCCUUGAGGAGGUGAAGAUGACUGAUCUCGGCAUUGCAGAACGCAUUGUCGUCGGGAAGGAAUCUACCACGAUCGUUUCAACCGGCGAGCAUGAAGAAGCAGUUAAGUCUAGGAUUGCCCAAAUCGGCAUAGAGCUUGAGAAUACCGAUUCACAGUUCGAUACCGAGAAGCUGGAAGAGCGUCGCGCUCGCCUCGGCGGUGGCGUCGCACGUAUUCUCAUCGGAGCUGCUACGGAGACCGAGUUAAAGGACAAAAAGCUUCGUUGCGAAGAUGCUCUUAACGCUACGAAGGCUGCAAUGGAGCAAGGUAUUCUGCCGGGUGGUGGCGCUGCCUUGGCACAUCUGUCACUUUUGAUCCCCGACUUUGCGACGACUUUGGAGGAGGAGGACGAGAAGGUUGGUGCUUCCAUUGUACAAGCUGCAAUCACAUCUCCACUGCGACAGAUUUGCUUCAAUGCUGGAAUCGCCGGAGAAAUUGUUUUGGAAAAGGUUCUGAACAACGACUUUGAGUUUGGCUACAACGCGGCAACUGGCGAAUACGAGAAUCUGGUUGAGAGUGGUGUGCUUGAUCCCGCGAAGGUUACCUGCUGGGCUUUGGAAAACUCGGCUAGCGUUGCGGGAAUGAUUUUGACCACGGAAUGCGUUGUUGUCGAAAUUCCCGAGAAAACACCGCCUGCCGGUGACGGCAUGGGUGAUCUUCCUGGGGAAGCCUACAUGUGAUGCCCUUAAACAUAGAUAAAUCCACUCAAGAACACGGAUCGCCUCUGCAUAUAUGAAGGAGUUUGCGGGCAUCUGGAAGGAAAGCAUUGAUAGUUGACGGACGGGAAAGAUAGCAGCCUCAUCAGUUCUGUCUUCAGUUCUGUCAGGUAUCACAAGCAUGAUGCCCGCGUAUAAACGUGUCACAUUGCAUAGAGCGAAAUGCUACAUUUCAUGAGGCAACCAUGACUCUUGUCUUCCCAAAUCUUAACCUCUGGGUGCACUGCGCAGAUCGCCCGAAAUGAAAUAAAGCUCCCCCCACCAGAUUCCAACGAA